CAGUUGAGUUACCUGCGUCCGCAAAUAACAAACAAAUAUGAACGCGGGAACAUUUUGCAUCAUUGCAGCAAGUGCAACUGAUGCACAAAGAAAGCAAAACAAACAAACAAAACAACGGAAGCGAAAGCCAAGCAAGCAGAAAGCCAUAAAGCAAGAAACCAAAGUUGGGGAGCAGUCAACAGAACAAGAACAGGAACCACAAAAAUCGAAUGCCAAGUCGAAUAGUUGCCAAAUGAGUUAACAAACAUUUUUGGCAGCUAUCUUAUCAGUUUUAUCAGAGACUAGCAUAUAUUCGUAAGGAUUUGUUGUAUGAAAAUAUAUUUGCUAUGACAUAAACACUUGGACUAUAAAUUGGCUGGGUCGGGACUGUAAACUUUCAGUUAACAAUCAGAACGAAAACGCAACGGAACCAAACGAAAAAAAAAAAAAACUUAGAAUGGCAACAACAAUCGAGGAAAUUAGCACAAGUGAAUCGAUAAAUAAUGGGAUAAUAAGCGAAACGAUUGAAAUAACAACAAUUGAGACAACGCCAACGGCAGCAAAACGUGAACAUCAUCAUCAUCAUCAUCAUCAUAAGCAUCAUCACAAAGAUCCUCAAUCUCAGAGGCCAACAACUUUAACUAUCACGGAUAUCAGCGAUGAUGGCUUGGAUAUUAUUGAGAUUGUAUCCGAUGAAAGCGAACCCCGUCAUCAUCGUAAGCAUCAUCAUCGUCAUCAUCAUCGUUCGAACAACAAACAGCAAGCACCAGAGAUACCACCACCACUGCCCAGCUCAACACCACCUUAUCUGACGCCCACUGAGGAAGUUGUUUGGCUAACGGACUUGGAUGCACCAGCAGAGCCAACGGCGCCAUUGCCACCACCCUCACCCACCAGCUCAGAAUGCAGUCAGAUAACCUUACAAGCAAUCGAAACAGCAACUGCGGCACUCAUCAUAGAUAGCCAAUUGCAGACUAUGCCAUCUACACCACCUCCAGCACCUGUACCACCUCCAGCACCUGUACCACCUCCAGCCCCUGUGCCACCUCCAGCACCUGUGCCACCUCCAGCACCUGUACCACCUCCAGCAUCUACGCCAUCUCCAGCACCUGCACCUGUACUCAUCGAGGAGAUUGUAUUGCAAACAGAUUUGCAGAUGCCAGCACAGAAUUCAGUGAAUCCGCUGCCAACAGUUCAACAACAAACAACACCCAGUUCAAGAGCAGCAACUGAAAAUGUAAGCACCGUAACCGAAACGGAGAUCAUCAUUGAGGAACAGCCGCUGCCUGCUGUUGCACCUGCAACGCCAGCACCACCACUGGUGCUGGUGGGGAUGGUAAGCGAGGACAACAACGAUAUGCGCCGCAGCACCUACAGAGUCAGCACAGAUUUGUCUGCCACACCACAACAGCAGCAGCCUUCAAAACGUUGCUGCUGCAUCAUUGCCUAAGAUACUUGGAGUACUGCUUUAAGAUUCUAAAUUGGUCAGUUUAUAGCUGCAAUUUAGCUAUAUUUAAUAAUAAAUAAUAGUAUUAUUAAGGUUGAAUACUAAUUUCGAACGACUUGAGACUCUCAAUAAAUAAUUCACUUAAUUUAAC